GAUGUGAUAUUGAGAUCAGUUUUGAAGUUUAUUCGUUUAGCCGGUUAGACGAGUUGUUUUAUACUCUACAAUCUUGAAUGAUAUAACUGGCACAUAGUCUAACUUAUUCAAUUGUAAGUCACGGGGUAUUAUUUGAUGGUGCGAUUUUAACAAACUUACUCGAGUUCCAACAGAGAUGCUUGAUAUUUGGGAUUUUACAAUGUUACCUGACCAUGCAAGUUGACAUAACAAGCUUGAUAUUUUGAAAAUAAUCUUAGACUUUCGCGAUGAUUGAAAAAUCACGCUUUGCGUCUUUAGGGGCAAUACAUAGUAAUAUCUCGAAAAUCAAUGUUGUUUCUCGUUGGUUGUGAAUAGAAGGUUAUUUACGGCCUCCACUGGAUGAUUCGACUUUGAAAUAUUUCAGGGUAUUUUUAUAUUAUUAUGCUUAUUAUUUCAUGUUCGCAAUUAUCAUUUAACGUUUGCGAAACGUUUAUUUUUCGCCAUGUGGGGGAUCGGACCAUCUCUUCAGCAAUCUCAUUAAAUUACAUUCUCUUUUAUAGAACACUUGUAGGACUUUCACUUAUGUAGGGGUUUGUAUUAUGUUGUUGAGGACACCGGCGAAUAAUCAACGGAAUCACAUGUCCACUGCAUUGUUUUAAACAAAUACAUCACAAUUAGCCACAUGUACCUUUUCUAAAGAAAAUCUAUUCUCUCCAAUAUGCCACCACCUACUCUUAGGGUACAGUCGAAUGAUCUGAAAAGAUAAGAAUGUUAUCGCUCCUCAACACAUAUGUGAACCACACAGUGUCAUUGUUCAUCUAGUUUUAUAUCCUAUUUUUAAACCAUUGGUAUAAUAAGUAAAGUAGAUGAAACUUGAUGUUGAAGAACACUGAAACAGAUGAUUUGAAAAAUUUUCUCAGUGUUGUCGAAAUUAUGAAGUUUUGUAAAGUUAAUCUAAUGCAUGCUUUAUUUAUAAUAUUUUAUUCCAGUGGUAAUUUAAAUUUUAAAAAAUUUGGAAAGGAUCUAACAAAGCAAGUAAUUAUAUAGUAAAACUGACUUAUGCAAAGUCACUUCUUUCCUGUUGUAAUUAAUUUUGGGGUCACUUUGUCUGUAUUAAUUUUUUUGCUGAUAGAAGUGGACCUGUAAGUCAAAAUUGUAAAUUAGUUUUGGUAGUUUUGUGAUAUGAAAGAACAUGUCAAAAUCAUUUUUUGGAGUGUGUUUCACUGUUUUCUUCAUUUGAAGAUUAUGCAAAUUUUUUACUCAAAUUUGGCAGGUAGAUUAUAAUAUUAUUGUUUUUUAAACAUGUGAAGUUUUGUAUAGGAGCGGAUGAAUGAUCAGCCAUAUUGUCAUGUUCAGCAGCAGCUGUUACAUUUGCAUUUAAAGCUUUCCCUGAAGACAUUUAACCAAAUGGAUUACAAGAUUAUGAUCACUAACAAAUAUUGUUGUUAAUGUGGAAAUUAGAUGUGUGAAUAAGUGGUUGAAAGGUAUGAAAUUUAAGUCAGUUUUAUUUCUGUCAUAGAACUUACACAUGCAGUGUAGAUAUCAUUUUCCACUGCUGAUCAUGUUAUUUUCAAUUGGUAGAAAUGUUGAAUGUCUAAAUUGUACAUAUGAAAUAAUAGUCCUACAAAAUACGUGGUAAGUACAAUUAUGCAUUGAAACAUUGUAUUCAUUGUGAAUUUAUCUUGGCCACAGGCAAUUUGUUUGGACCACGAGAAGGUUUGUGGCCAGUGUUUGGUCAAAAUUUUAUAACAGUGUGUUUUUUGUUUGAAAAUCAUGGUUGGUUCUCCUUGUAUUAUAAUGGUUUUUUUUUAUUAAUUUUGUUUGCUUUGUCUUUUUUUUGUCUUGGAACACUUGAUAUUUGUUAAAUUCAAGAUAGAAUUAUGUGAACUCUGGCUGAUACAUAUGUUGAGUGUAUUGUAGAACUUUACCAGAUGGCUUCCACCCUGUUUUACAUGAUCAUGGUUGACAUGAUAAAAUCUUAUCAAAUUUCAUGUUUCGCUAGGAGAGUAUCAGUAGCUUUAAAUCUGUAGUUAUGUAUCUCGACAUUAAAUACUCAAAGUAGAAGUAGAUUUUACUUAGAUCAUUCAUGGUAAUCAAAGUUAUUAUAAUAGACUGGAUGUGGAUGUGUCUUUUUUACGUUUCCUUAACUAUAAUUUGUAAAUUUGAAAAGAUUUUUUCUCAAAAAGUAUUUUGUCUUUCUUUCAUCUUUCAGAGUUGAUCUGCCUGCAAAAAGUGUUGAUUGAAGAUGGCUCGGGGUAGAAGCAGUGUUGGUAAAGACAAGGAGAAGGAUGGUGGUCGUCAGCCUGAUCCAAAAUAUGCUCUUUGGAUAAUUGCUGCUAUUGGUAAAGUCAAGGGACAAAAGCAACGUCCAAGCGAAGACAGAAUUGCUCACAUUCUAGAAAAUGUUUAUGGCUUGGAACAACAAGAGGCCUUGGAGCAGCUAGAACUGUGUGUUAAAACAGGUAGAGUUCUCAAGGUAGUGUUUAAGAACAAAGCAUCAUACAAGGACCCUGCAAAAGUACCAGCCCACAUGCGUGGAAUUGUUGAAAAACCCACCGAUCUCCAAGGUUUCAUCAAAGAAGCUCUGGAGAAUAUUGGGGAUGAAAAUGGGUGCACGCAACAAGCAAUUCAUAAUUAUAUAGUGGAUCAUCAUGCUGCAAGUUUAGAAUCCACUGGUAAUGCACGGAUUAAAGAGUCUCUCAAAAAAGGUCUUGCUUCUGGAGUUUUCAUCAAGGAAGGCAGAUAUUACAGGCUAGCAAGCCCACCUAAGCCCAAGAAAAAGAAAGUUGAUGCCAGCACAUAUUGUGGGUUUUGCCUUGGGACAGCAGAACGCAAUAAGGAUGGUGUAGGAGAAGAACUUAUUUCCUGUGCUGAUUGUGGAAACAGUGGUCAUCCAUCAUGUUUGAAGUACUCCCCUGAGCUGACAGCUCGAAUUAAACAAGAACCUUGGCAGUGCAUUGAGUGUAAAGUGUGCUUUGUUUGUCAAGAUGCUGGCAAUGCUGAUAACCUUUUGUUUUGUGAUGCAUGUGACAAAGGAUACCACAUGGAAUGUCUUUCUCCUCCAAUGACAGAAACACCCACAGGAAGUUGGGUUUGCAGAAGAUGUAAGGUGAAAACUCCUGGCCGACGAAAGAAAGGGCAAGUUGAAACACCCAUUACCAGUCCGCCACGCAGAAAAAUUCAACCUCAGGCAACAGCUGAAGUGCAAGGAUCAAGUGUAUGCCCAACGCCUGGAUGUGAUGGAUCAGGACAUGUAAAUGGACGAUUUACAUCUCACAGAAGUCUUCCAGCUUGCCCAAUUGCAAAUGAAGCGAAAAGAUUUGAUGAUGAUGCCAAAGCUGUUGAUGAAACUCCUAAGAGGAGACCUGGCAGACCUCCAGCCUCCAGUAAAUCAACGCCAAUGACUCCACUCUCCCCCACAUCUCCGAGGAAACAGCAACAAUUACCACCAGGAGUAACAGAGGAAGAUUUGGCUUUGUUCAAACAGGCUCAGGAGAAGGCAAAUGCUGCCAUGAACCUGGACACAUCUACAACUCUUGUGCCAAGUACCCGAUCCCCUCCAUUAAUCCAGUUUGGUCGUUAUGAGAUAGUUACCUGGUAUUCGUCACCAUAUCCUCAAGAAUAUGCCAGGCUGCCCAAACUAUACCUGUGUGAGUUUUGUCUCAAGUAUAUGAAGAGUACCAGCAUUCUUAUGCGCCACAUGACAAAAUGCAAAUGGUUUCACCCCCCAGCAAAUGAAAUUUACCGUAAAGGUGAAAUCUCUGUUUUUGAAGUGGAUGGUGCAGUCAACAAAAUCUAUUGUCAGAACCUUUGCCUGUUAGCCAAGCUGUUUCUUGAUCAUAAGACCCUCUAGUAUGAUGUAGAGCCAUUCCUGUUUUAUGUUCUGACGAAGAACGACAAAAAGGGCUGUCAUUUGGUAGGAUAUUUCUCAAAGGAAAAGUCUUGUCAACAGAAGUACAACGUGUCAUGUAUUAUGACAAUGCCCCACUAUCAAAGACAAGGGUUUGGCCGCUUGCUCAUUGACUUCAGUUACCUCUUGUCGAGAAUCGAAGGCCAGCCAGGCUCCCCUGAAAAGCCUUUGUCAGACCUUGGCUUGAUCAGCUAUCGUAGCUACUGGAAGAGUGUUUUACUAGAGUACUUGCACGAUCAUAAGGAAAAGCAUGUAACCAUACGAGGGAUCAGUAAGUCGACCGGAAUGGAUCCGCAUGACAUUGCUGCCACUCUUCAGAUACUGAACAUGGUUCACAAAAAAGAUGGAAAGUUUGUGCUGUGUGUUAACCAACGCUUGAUCAAAACUCACAUGGAAAAAUUACGAAUGAGUGCUCGCAUCUCCUUGGACCCUGAUGCACUCAGAUGGACCCCCCUGGUGCACACUAACUUGGCACUCGUAGAUAAAGAGAACGAAGCUGCAAACGGACAUCUUGAGGGUGGAAAGAACGGUUCGGCAGACAACAAGGAUGGUUCGGGGGACGCUGGUGAUCGGCAAGUAGACGUGCUCAACGACAGUCACGUUGACAAGUCAAGAGAUGGAUUGGUUAUAAACGGCAUUGCUGGAGAUGAAGACGAAAGUGCCUCCGAGGAUGAUGACGAGGGACCGAUUAUUCGGCCGAGAAAGCGCCGACGAAGUAAUACGCUUUCCGACAGCGGCUCGGAUAAAACUGAGGAGAAGGCAGCAGACGAAGUGGGAGUGUUGAAGAAUGAAGACAAAACGAACGAGGAACAAGCUGGCUUUAACACUACAACAAGUGGAAAGCUGAACAGUGCAGAGGGCGAAAGUGGGAUCGUCAAAAAGAAAAUGAAGCUGAACGAUGAAGAGUCGAGCGCUGAAGGCAGCGACGAUUCAGCUGAUAAUUCAGAUUCCGAAGAUUCCUCCUCAUCGUCAUCGUCAUCUUCUUCGUCCUCGUCUGAAGACAGUGAUAACGGCGAACCCAUGGAUGAUACCGAAGAUAACCCUUCAAGAGAAAACGAAGACAUCCGAAAAGGUUCCGAGGAUGGCACGAGCGAGUCUUCGUCCGAGAUUAACAACUCCCCGGCGGGCGUUUACUCGGGAUUUGGGAGUCAAUUGGUUAAUAGAAAUCCCUUAGAUACUUUAGCAGAUAUGGACUCUGCCUUCUCGAGAUUGUCACCAACAAAUUUCGAGUGUAAGGAGAGUAACAGAUCGGACACUUUGGCGGUAGAUCAAGAUAUGAACCCGGUAGUUGAUUUCCCAGAUACGGACAGUACGGCUCUCAUUAAAGAAUUGUCUGAGGAAGUGUUCUCGAUCGGCGCCACGCCUUCUCUUGGAGGCCAGCAUUCUUCCGACGACGAGAUUUGAGGGGAUUAGCCUGAUGUGCUUUUUCGGCAGUGCAAUUGUUCUCUUUGUAAAAAACGCUGAUUUUCUUGAAUAAUGCUAUUCUCUUUUGAAGUCCUCGUACCCUUAAAUUAAAACCAUUUUUUCUUAUUCAGUUGAAAUUGAGAUUGAUUAAUGAAACAUUGUAAAUUUAUGGAACAGUUAAAACUUAACUUUGUUAUGUUACAUUUGAAACUUCAAGUUAUCGAUGCAAACGUAUUUACAGUCAAACUAAGUGAAGCGUACCCCUCAAGAUUACAUUAAUGAAUUGAUCAUUUGGAUAUUG